AUGGCGACCCCUGUUAAGACACCCUUGGGAUUCAACCCCAUCCCCACCACACCUGCACCUGCACCUGCGGCACCGACGGGGCUGUUGGACCAGGCCAAGGCGGCGUUCGCCAAGGUCAACCAGUUCCGGGAGGACUUGAAGUUGCCCAACCCCGGAACAUAUGAGGGAGUCAACCGAGAAGUCAAACAUACGUUUUUGACAAACCAUGUAUUCGACGGAGCACGGUGCGAUAUCACGAAGGCGUUGACGCCCAACUUCCAGGUCACACAUUCGUUCGCAUUGGGAUCUUCAGCUUCACCUUCGAGCUAUAACUUUGGAACUGCGUUCAUCGGUCAGCAGUCAUUCUUGUCGGGAAACUUGGAUACGGAUGGCAAUGUGCAGGCGAGGGCAAACUACGCUUGGAGUAGCUCAAAUGUCUCGAAGGCACAGGCGCAGUUCUCAAACACACCAGGACACUCGAUGUUGCAGGUGGAGCAGGACUACAGCGGCCGGGACUUCAACGUGAACCUGAAGGGCGUGAACCCGUCUCCGAUCGAUGGCACCGGCAUCUUUAUCGGCUCGUACCUGCAGUCUGUCACACAACAUCUGGCCCUGGGUGCCGAAGCUGUGUACCAACGUCCGACACCGGGUCAGGAAGAGACGAUCUGGUCGUAUGUGGCCAAGUAUACGGGCCCGGACUAUAUUGUGACGGCGCAGUACCAGGGCUUUGGAGCGAUCCAGGCGGCGUACUAUUUGAGGUAUUCGGAGAAGGUUGAUUUUGGAACGGAGAUCCAGAUCGUGACGGCGGGAGGACGAAGGGAGGCGGUGGCGAGUGUGGGAGGCAAGUUCGAGUUUAGGCGGUCGACGUUUAGGGGACAGAUCGAUACGACAGGGAAGGUAUCGGCGGUGUUGGAGGAGAAGAUCGUGCCGGGGUUCUCGUUCUUGGUCAGUGGAGAGAUGGAUCAUGGCAAGGGACAGAGCAGGUUCGGAGUCGGUAUGAUGUGGGAGGUCUAA